AGAGUGUUAAGCUGAUUGAAAUGGAAAAUAAAAUGAAAAUUAAAUAAAAAAUAAUUAAUUUUACAACUCAAGAAAAAAAAUUUAAAUAUUGUGUUUAAUGUAGAAACGUUGAAGAAACUCAUUGCAUUUACCACAGACUGAAAAAGUGAGAAUUUUCAAAGAGUCCUAACUUUUUUGUAAUUUCUACGUGUAAGCUAGUUACACUAAUAUGGAGCUGUGAGAAAUCUAAAAACCAAUUUCUGUGUUCAUUUUUGAAAAGUAAACAGAAAAUAAAAAUCAAAAGUUAAAUUGUUAAAUAACAGUCAAAAGUGAAUGAGCAGAAUGUGAAUCUACUAUUUACAAAAAAUGGAAUUAAUAUGAGACCGAUAUGAGCUUAAGCUUUCAACCGGCAAUUAAGGAGACAAUCGAAACCGAAAAUGCACUGGCCGGAAAAUGAGAAUAAAAAGUUGUGUUUACUUAUCUCAGUGCAUAUGCAAAUACUAACGUAUGUAUAUAUGUAUACGAGUAUAUAUGACUGAAUGACCACAAUCUCCACAAUAAUGGAAACAACUGAAAGCAAAUUUAUGGUAUAAUAAAGGCGAAAAUGAAAGAAGAACAAAAUGAUAAUGUAGAGAGAAAGUGAAAAACUCAAUAAAAUUGAAAACUUAAAUAAAUACAAAGAGAAUAUCUUUGCGUGGCGCAGGCAAUCGACAGAUGUACGUAUGUAUGUGUGGCUUACGAGUAAAGCGGAAUAAAAAAUGAACUUCAUAUUCGGAGCUCGCAUCUUCUUACUCAGUAUCAGUUUGUUGGAUGGUUUAGCCGGUCUGCGUUUGGUUAAAGUCUCAAUACCAACUUAUAGAUUUCGCGGCGAGUCUGCGAUGCUCGAGUGCCAAUAUGAAUUGAACCGCACAGGCGGACCUCCAUAUUAUGGCGGAGUUGGCAGCAGCAGUGGCAGCAGUAACAAUGGCAACAGCGGAAGAGAUGCACCAAUUGCUGGUGCCACCAAUCGACAACGCAGCCAGUCACGCACACGCACGCAAAUGCGCAACGCUCACACGCGAAACCGUUAUGCCAGCAGCAAUAUGAAAAUUUUCGAUGCACAUCAUUUGAUGGAAAUGAGGCCGAAAUAUAAGCGCCGGAACAAACGUCAAUAUUCCUAUCAAACAGAACGACUGCAGUUGCAGCAGCAGCAACAACAACAACAGCAGCAACAGACACAUCAACAACAUUACCAGCAGCAUUACAUACAAACAUAUCCACAUCCGCCAUCACAACAAAGUUAUGGCGACAGCAGCAACAGCGGCAGUAUCAUCAGCAGCAGCAGUAGCAGUAGCAGUAGUAGUGGCAGUGGUGACAUAACGGCUGCUGGCAGCAGUUAUUAUCAGCAGCAAUAUCAGCAACAACAACAGCAAAAGCAGGAGGAGGACGAGGACGAGCCAUACCAGUAUCCAUAUCAAACACAGCGUUCCCCCUACGGCCACAGUGUUUAUCGUGGCGCUGCAUUCAGUCAAGCGCUUGGCAUUCCAGGUUUUAGCAGCAGCGGCAUAAGCAGCAGCAGUAGCAGCAACAGCAGAGGUGCACAAGUAGGCGCCAGUACCUUCACUCACAGAGGCAGUACAAACGGUGCAGCAGCGGAGGCUUCAUCACGACGCUACAGCUUUGCUGAUAACACCGACGAUGACGAGGAGAACGCAGAUGGCGAUGACGAAGAUGAGGAGGAAGAGGAGGAGGAGGAGGAUGAGGAAGGUGAAGCUCUCUAUGCCAUAAAGUGGUACAAGGACAAUGAGGAGUUCUAUCGAUUUGUGCCCAAAGGGCGGCCACAGAAGACAAGUUACCGCUUUGAUGGCAUUCGUGUUAGUGAAGAACACUCCGACAGUUGGCGCGUGCUUUUACGUGGCUUAACAAUCAACUCAUCCGGCUUGUAUAGCUGUGAAAUCUCAGCAGAGGCGCCCAACUUUUCUUCAGUGAAGGGGGAAGGACGCAUGGACGUUGUAUUCUUACCACGUGACGGUCCACAUAUUCGUGGCCAACAAAAUCAGUACCAGAUUGGUGAUACGCUGAGUUUAAAUUGCACAUCGGGAAAAUCACAUCCAGCAUCAAAAUUGCAGUGGCUCAUUAAUGAUCAGCUGAAUGGUGGCGCCAAAAUUCUUUGCACGUGUUCGCAAAACAGACGAGAUAACGGUAAUUUUAGUUUUCAACGUAACAAUUCAAGCGAUCAAAAGUCUACAAGCACUUAG